UUCAGAUGACGAUCGAGAUGUACCCGAGCGACCAGGUGGCAGACCUGCGAGCGGAGGUGACUCACUGGUACGAGAACCUGCAGAAGGAGCAGAUGAACCAGCAGGCUCAGCUGCAGGAGUUCGGGCAGAGCGGCCGGCAGCCCGCAGACUUCCCAGGAGGUCUGAUGGGUCCGGUCCGGAUGAUCUCCUCCGGCCACGAGCUGACCACCGACUACGACGAGAAGACUCUGCACGAGCUCGGCUUCAAAGACAUGCAGAUGGUGUUCGUGUCUCUGGGCGCUCCUCGCAGGGAGAGGAAGGGGGAGGGCGUGCAGCUGCCGGCCUCCUGCCUGCCCCCCCCCCAGAAGGAGCACAUCCCCAUGCUGCUCCUCCUGCAGGAGCCGCACCUCACCACGCUGUUCGACCUGCUGGAGAUGCUGGCCUGCUUCAAACCUCCCAACCCCAACACGGAGAAGCUCAACGAAAACCCAGAGGUGAGUGUUUUUAAACUUACCUCGGCAU